UUCAAGAUCGCGGUCAUCUACAAAAUAAGUGCGCAAUUUCCAUUUCUAAUCUCUGCAAUUCAGAUUCAGAGCUCGAUUCGUUCGAUUUCUCAGAAAGCUAUGGAGGGAGGUCAUCUUCUCAAGUUGAUUAUAGAAAAAGGCCAUCGAGAAGGAGAAACCCUAGAAUUCCAACCUGGAAAGCCGGUUAAGAUCGGCAGAGUCGUUCGAGGUAACACUUUAGCAAUUAAAGACGCCGGUGUUUCCUCUAAUCACCUCUCCAUUGAAUUCGUCUCCGGCGAAUGGAUUCUUUCCGACCUAGACUCCUCCAACGGAACAAUUGUGAACGGCGAAGUUAUUAAGGCCGAUAACCCUGCUAAGCUAGUGGAUGGCGAUACAAUUAAGAUCGGAGAGCGUUCUUCCAUCAAAGUUAGUAUUGGAGUGCCAAAUGACGAUGUUGAUGUACGGAGAAACCCUAGGCGGCGAACUGUUAAGAAUGCGGAGCAGGAAUCAGUUGGGAUUGCGACAACUAGGAGUCGUCGUGGAGGUAAGGUUGCUUUGAUUGUUGAUGUGAAAAAACCAGAGUUAGGGUUAGGGUUUGAUGGUGAUGUUGGGGUUUCUCGAGUUAGAAAGGCUGUGACUGAAAGUGUUGUUGAUGUUCAAGAGAGUUUGCCUACGGCUGUAGAAGUUGGGACAAACCAAACUAGGUCAACUCGUAGUUUAAGAAAUCAACUGAAGACGAACCCCAGCUUGUUGCCUCCGCUUAGCUCAACUAUUGAUACACCUUCUGUGUUGAAAGAAGAAGCUUUGGCUCAGAUUGUUGAGAAGAAGACUCAACGGGGCAGAGGUAGGCAGAAAAAAUUGGUGGAGGAUCCGCCAUUAACAACUGUGAAUGAUAGUAUGAAGGAAGAAGAGGCUUUACCUCAGAUUGUUGAGAAGAAAACUCAACGGGGCAGAGGUAGGAAGAACAAACCGGUGGAGGAUCUGCCAUUAACAUCCAGAACUGAGGCUUUUGCAGGGAAUAGUAGUUUGAAGGAUUCCCAUAAUGAGGAAGAAACCAUCAAGGAAGAUACUGAUCCAAGGAAUGAAAAUGAUGUACCUUUUGUGUUGGGAGAAGAGGCUUUACCUCAGAUUGUUGAGAAGAAAACUCAACGGGGCAGAGGUAGGAAGAACAAACUGGUGGAGGAUCUGCCAUUAACAUUCAGAACUGAGGCUUUUGCAGGGAACAGUAGUUUGAUGGAUUCCCAUUAUGAGGAAGAAACCAUCAAGGAAGAUACUGAUCCAAGGAAAGAAAAUGAUAUACCUUUUGUGUUGGGAGAAGAGGCUUCAGCUCAGAUUGUUGAGAAGAAAACUAAACGAGGCAGAGGUAGGAAGAAAAAAGUGGAGGAAAAUCCAGCAUUAACUACCAGAAAUGAGGCUGAUUUUGCUGAGAGCAGUGGCUUGAAAGAUUCCCAUUUUGAGGAAGAACCCAUUAAGGUUCAGUCUGGGAACAAUUCUGAUCCAACGAAAGAAGAUGAUGAAAUCGAUGGGAAUGAACUCAUGCUUCAAGAAGAUGAUGAAAUGGAUGGGAAUGAACCCGUGCUUCAAGAAGAUGAUGGAAUCGAUGGGAAUGAACCCGUGACUCAAGAAGAUGAUGAAAUCGAUGGGAAUGAACCCGUGCUUCAAGAACAAGAUGCAGCAGCUGAUUUUGAUGAAGAACCGGAUUUGGAGAAAAUGACUCUUGGAGACUGGUUUGAUUAUUUGAUAGUAUCUCUAUCGAAGCAGAUCCGUGAUGAGGCUGAGGAGAGGAUCGCAGAUAUGAGAAUGAAAGCUGAAAUAGUGAACAAGUUAGUGGUGCAGACAAAGAAUCGAGAGAACAAGGGUAAACGACCUCUGGUCUAAAAGGGGAAACACACUAUGGCAUAAGCAACGAGCAAAAUCAUUCACGAAAUUGGGCGCGGGAAGAACUCCCAUGUCUACAGAGCACUAUGCUUACCAUUGAAUAUGUAUGUGGUCAUAAAAGCCAUCAAUCUUGAUCAAUCAAGUGAUUUGGAUGAAGGUAUACAAAAGGCUUCGACCAAGUUCAAUUCAGUUCGCAAUCAUCCAAACAUCCUCAGUUCCUACUGUAUCUUCGCCGUCGACAGCCAAGUAUGGGUAGUUAUGCCCUCAAUAUCAGCCGGAUCUCUUCAGUCCAUAAUCUCAUAUUCUUUCCCCAAUGGACUGCCAGAAGACUGUAUCGUUAUUAUUCUUAGGCAAACCUUGAAUCUUCUCUAUUAUCUCCAUUUUGAUCAAAUCGUCCAC